AUGGCUUGUAAUUCUUGUUCUCGUGCAUUUUCACUAUUACGUCCUGAGAAAGGCUGCCCUAGUUGUGGUUUUAGUUAUUGUUCAAAAUGUUUAAACAACAAAAAAUUUUUAGCAAAAGUAAAUGCUGAAAAAAAGGUUUGUGCUAAAUGUUCAAGAAAUGAGGCAAAAAUCAUUGAACCACCCGAUGUUUUCUACAGGCAAGUCCGUAUUGCUAAAAUUAAUGAAAGUCAAAGCGAUUGUAAGGAUAAUACAUUUGUAAACACAUCUGAACAAGAAAUUUUUAACAGACUAGAAAAAUUAAAACAAGACAAUAAAGAGAAGGCGAAAUCUGAUAAGGAAAUAUUGGAAAGACUACAAAAUUUAAAAGGGCCAAUGCCAUCUACAUCAGAUGCAGAAAUAUAUUCACGAUUAGCAAAAGUAAAAGGUAUUCCAAACAUAGUUACUAAAGAGCCCGUUUUAUCACCCCCUGAUUUAAGAACAGAACAAGAACAAGCUGAUGAUUUAUUGAAACAAUAUAUGGAGCAAGUAAAAAUAGAUUCAAAAUAUAAGGAUGGGUUUGAAGAUACUAUUAAUAAUAUUGAGACAAGAUUACACAAGUUAAGAGGCACCAGUACUACAUCAAUUUCUGUUGAAAAGUCAAGUGAUUCAGAAGAUGAAGAAACUAUUAUAAAGAAAAUUAUUGAGAAGGUAAAAACAGAUGCAAGUUUGGAAGAUGAGAUCUCUCCAGACACAAAUGAUGAAUUGCCAUUCUGUGAGAUAUGUAAUGAAGAUGCCAGUGUUAGGUGUCUAGGAUGCAAGUAUUUGUUUUGUAUGAGAUGUUUCAAUGAACACAAAGAUGAUGAUGACGGCUGCGACAAAUAUGAGAUUUUUAGUCCACCCAAAUCACAAGGAAAAUAA